UGUAGUAACGUUGAUGUUCUUUUGUUUGCAGUGAGUGGGUGGGCGGCAGCUGUGGGGCUGGAGGCGCAGUGUCCGUGGUGACCACAGUGUGGGGAGUGACAAGUGCCACCACGCAGAGUACCCCCACUCCCACAACCCCCAACUGCACCACUACACCAAACAUGCCGGCUCAACCAUUCAACCCACACACCAAGCCUUUCGCCAAUAUGGUCAACUACCCUACCAAGCCUAAUGGAUUGUGGGGAACGGAGCCUGACGCAAAUCCAUAUAAUGGCUCUCAAAAUGCGUAUGAGGAUUUCUACAAGACCGGGUGGUGGGGCGCACAGGGCGACUCAAGUCAAUGUAAAGCUGAACAAAAACCAUUUGAAGACCAUUGCAGCUCUAACGGCGGUUACGCCAAUAGUCCGGGUCCUGCCAUGUCAGGGAACACGGGUAUGGUUGGUCCCGGGGGCAUGGGGGCGCCGGGCACCAUGGGUGGCAAUGGUGCCGGAGACGCCCUCAACACGGCCGCCAUGGUCGCCGCCGCCACCGCCACUGCCACCGCCACCGCCGUCGCCCUCCGCCCGGAGAGACCGGAGAUGCAGGGCCAGUACAACGGCCAGAUGGGAGGGAUGAACACGGGCUUCUCUGGGCCCGGCUUCUCCAUGCAGCGCUCCUCCACUCCCAACAUGAGCAUGAACAACCCCAUGAACGGCAUGAAUAACAUGAUGAAUAAUAUGAUCAAUAACAUGGGCGGCAACAUGAUGAACAACGUGCCGAUGAACAACAUGCAGAGCAUGGGGCCGGGCAUGGGCAAGUGUAUGAACAUGCAGCAGCAGCAGCAGCAGAUGAUGUACCAGCGAGGGAUGGGUCCAGGGGGCGGGCCGGGUGGAGGGCGAGCCGGCCCUUACCCCAACCCAGCAAUGUUCAUGGCGCAGAAGCGGGCGGCGCAGGGCCAGUUUUCACAGCCUCCCAUGGGCCAGAUGAACCCACAGAUGGGAUUAGCUGGUAUCCGAGGCGGCACGGGAUAUCCUGUUCAACAGCCCUUGCCGUCACAGUUCCCCCCAGGCCAAGGCAUGAGGCCGAACAUGAGACCGGGUGGGCCAUGUGGACCCGGCGGCCCGCCAUUUAGCCAGGGCCAGUUUUAUAACCAGCAGUACAACAACUUACAGUACAACGAGAUGGGUCCAAUGGGUCCCAUGAGUGGCAUGAACAUGAACGGCAUGAGCAGCAUGUCCGGCAGUAUGGGUGGUGGGAUGAACAGUAUGACUCAGAUGUCAAUGUCAGUGCCCACAAUGAGCUCGAGCAGCAUGGCUCCAGGUGGAGGCAGUAGUAUGAACUCUGCAAUGAGUUCCGGAAUGAACAAUAUGAGUACUGGUAUGAGCAGUAUGAAUAGUGCAGGAAUGAAUACCUUGAACAAUACUGGCAUGUCAAAUAUGAACAGUGGUAUGAAUAGUGUAAUGAACAGUGGUAUGACGGGUGGAAUGUCCAGUACUAUGACAAUGUCCAGUCAAUUGAACAGUAGUGCCGUAAGCAACAUGAAUUCUGGAAUGAAUAAUAUGAACACUGGGAUGAAUACCAUAAACUCUGGGAUGAACAAUAUGUCAAGGAAUAUGAGUGCAGCAACUGCAUCUGCAAGUGUGGGGAAUGUGGGGAGUGUGGGGGGUAGCUACCAGCACUCGCCCAUCCCUGGCAACCCCACACCUCCACUCACUCCGUAUAUGAGCCCACCGUAUGCUAAUCAAGGCGAUGUCAAACCUGACUUGUCCGAACUAAAACCCUUGAUGUUCCAAAAAGAUGAUGAAUUACGGCUCACUUUCCCUGUUCGAGACGGGAUUGUCCUACAGCCUUUCAGAUUGGAACAUAACUUAGCCGUUUCCAAUCACGUCUUCCACCUCAAACCCACCGUAUAUCAAACCUUAAUGUUCAGAUCAGAUUUAGAGCUGCAGCUGAAAUGUUUCCAUCAUGAAGAUCGACAAAUGAAUACAAACUGGCCCGCCAGUGUUCAGGUUUCUGUCAAUGCUACGCCUCUAAGCAUUGACCGAGGAGAGCAGAAAACAUCACACAAACCACUGUAUAUUAAAGCUGUGUGUCAGCCAGGAAGAAACACUAUUCAAAUUACCGUUACUGCAUGUUGCUGUUCCCAUCUCUUUGUACUUCAGUUGGUGCAUAGACCAAGCGUCAGGUCUGUUUUGCAAGGGUUGUUACGAAAGCGAAUGUUACCUGCUGAACACUGUGUUACCAAAAUCAAGCGAAACUUUAAUUCUGUUGCUGCCUCGAGUGGUUCUUUAAGUAGCUCGGACGGUGAUGGUGUGGAACAAACGGCUAUCAAAAUCUCCCUCAAGUGUCCCAUCACAUUCAAGCGGAUAACACUACCAGCAAGAGGCCAUGAUUGCAAGCACAUACAAUGUUUUGACCUAGAGUCAUACUUACAAAUGAACUGUGAAAGAGGGUCAUGGCGAUGCCCAGUUUGCAACAAAACAGCCUACCUGGAAGGCCUAGAGGUUGAUCAGUACAUAUGGGGAAUUAUCACCACCCUAGCUAACUCUCCUGUGGAUGAGGUCACUAUGGAUUCCUCGGCAUCUUGGAGAGCAACGAGUUCUUCGGGUAUGCCAGGCACUCCUGGGGUCAAAGAUGAAGACUCGGACACGUGUAUGAAGCGGUGGAACAAGGCAAUGUCUCCAGGGAGUAUGACCCUACCCACUAUGAGCAACAUUGAUAUGGGACAGUCCAUGAGCCCGUAUGUUCCUCCAGACAUGAACAUAUCACAAAUGGCAACUCCAUUGCCUGGCAACGCUGGAGAGCAUGUUCACCAGUCGCAAGACUCACGACGACAGUCGAGUCCUGGGAAGGACACCGCAGACAUUACUCCCGACUCUUCAACUUUUCCAUGCAUCAACAAUGGCUCUAUGAUGAAUAUGAUGAACAUGAGUAACAGUGGCAGUAGUGGUUCUGGAAUGUCCAGAUCCACCUCCCAAUUUGACUUGAGUUCACCGGACUUCACGAGAGGCGGAGGACCUCUGUCCCAACUUAGUGAAUCUGUGAGCAAAAUGGAUCCCUUGGGUGCCAUGGAAAAAUCUGUUAAGGACCAGAUGGUGCCCCAGAUGGGACCACCUGCACCCUCCACCUCCACUACUACCUCCAAUUGUACUCUCACCACAGGCUCCACUGCCACAACAACGUCAGCAUCCUCGUCGCAACCCAUUUGCACCACCACCACUGCCACAACCACAUCCACCACACCAGCAUCAACCACAACACAGCCAAGUGUGAGCAGUGGACCUGGAAUGCCUCAUACCCCACACACUCCUCACACCCCUCACACGCCCCACACUCCUGGUGGUGUGGGGGGACCCCCUAGUGUCCCUUCUGCAGGUACCUGCACCAACACAUGCAACAGCACCACCACCACCACUACCACCACAAACAUUAAUAGUAACAAUAAUAAUAGUAAUAAUAGUAGUAAUAAUAAUAGUAAUACUAGUAAUAGCAGCAGCAACAGUACGAGCAACACGGACACACACAACACCUGCAAUGAAAUGAACGACCUUCCGACGCUCAGUUUCGAUCCUUUAGAUGGAGACGGGUCAGGGCAAGAUGGGUUGGACGUGAGUGUGUUUAAUAGUGGUGUGGACCCCAUGGAUCCUUUAGAGCUGCUGUCAUACUUGGAACAACCCGACUACAACACUCCGCCAUCCUCCGGAGCGUCGUCGCAAGGCCAAGGAGCGGGUAAUACUCCUGCUGGUGCUGGUCUCUCCUCUGCUCCCGACACAGAUGAUAUACUUGCCCUGUUUGAGUAGUACGGCUCUCGAGUUGGCUGCGGCAGAGUUAAAGAAAGAAUUCAGGUGCUUGGAUAUUUGGUUAUCUGUGUUUGUGAUUGUGUUUGACUGACUGCAGUCAGUGAAACAGUUGUGAAUUUAAAGUUUAAUAUACAGAAAAUUUGAAGAACUGUGAUACUCAAACUAGAUUUGAGAGAAACUAUUGUUCAUAUGCAGGUAUCUCAGUGGACUUGUACUUCACAGUCUUCAUUCAAGAGAAAAUUAUGGGGGUAAAACAAUCUUAAGCAGUGAGACUAAUGAUACAUGUUUGAUGUGUUGUGUGAGCACAAGUCAACAACGCACAUCCGGACAAGGAGCCAUGCAACAAAAAUGUGCACUAUGAUGUGUCGGGCAAACCUGUUGCCGCAGUACGAGUUUUGUAGUCAGACCAUAGUGAAGCAUAUUCCAAUACUUAGAAAUGACCAGUGCAAAUCAUUGUAAUGACCAUUUAUCAAGCAAGAUUCCCUCAUAUUUGCAACACAGAAUAUAUCCUCACACUGGGGUAUGUCAGACGAGAGGUUAUAUUGCAAAAGUAGCAAAACAGUUCUUUUCAUGUUUAGCUCCAAUGGACACCAUGGAGGUUAUCCCAGUUGAGUAGUUAGGUUGACAAGUUUCGUAGAAUAAUUAUUGUGGCUAUGCAAUGAUGUCCACAGUAGUGCUGUUUCAAAAUCAAUCAUGACAUCAAAAUGACAAUGUGCAUAAUAUUGUCUUAAUUAGGAACUUGCAAUUUUAGUCCAUGUUGGUUGUUCUGAGUUGUAGACCAUAACAGUGACAUGAAGAGAAGCAUGUAUCUCCGUAGGUCCCCAAGCGCAUGUAAAUACAACUCUCAAAACACCCAAAUGAGAGGCUGAAUCUGUCUGAAUGAAUGUCACAGCAUUAAUGCAAGAUGUUUAUUAAGUUGACAUUAUUCAGGAAAAGGGGGUGUGCAUUUGUGCAACUGCGACUGAGUCCCAAGAAAUUUCUCUGAGUGUUGUUGUGAAUGAAGUGUGAUAUUUCUGGCUGCACAGGUUUAUGGGUGGUUUAUUGUCUAGACGAAUUAUUGCAUUUAUUUAUAGGGUACUCCUGUGUGCCUGUCAGCCUAAUUUGUGUAAAUAGCUGUGUACAGAAAAUGUCCUUUUAUUUAUCUCACUGGUCUCGCCCUUAGAGUCCUGCGCAUUGUCUAAGCUUUAAUCCCUCGCUCCGUCUUCACCAACAUGACCUGUAGAAUACACCAUCACAUACAGUACACCACUGCAAUUAUUGACUCCUUCCCAAAACCUGAGCAAGUCUAGACUUUGGGGCUGACUUGUUGCAGAACGGGGGAGUCAAAACCUCAACCUGGCUAUUAAACCGACUUUGGUUUCAGAAGAUUUCUCAUAUGUUACCUUUUGUGUCAGUCAGUUUUUUUUUUUGUACAUCUCUGACACUUGAGUGCAUCUUAAAUCCUCAUUCAAACUGUGUUCCUAUCUAUGAUUAAGAAUAUUUUUUGUUACUCACCAAGCAUCUCAUUUUCUUCUGAAACCAGAGCCAGAAGGCUUCAUGCAUACUCUGUUGACCGUCAAGUGUACUCAAGCUUAAAUGAAAUGUUUAAUUUUUAUGAAGAUAGAUUUAUGCACUUAUACAGAAUCACUGAAAGUGUUUUUAUGUACUGUGUACAAAGAAAAGUGGUUUAACAUUGUGAUCUCAAGAUUGUCAUUUUUAAAGUUAUUUAGAGAAAUUCAUACAAUGAAUUUUUAAACUGUUAGUGACUGUCAAAGAGUUUGUGUAAGCCAUCACUUCUCAUGUAAACUGUACCAGAGAACUUAAAAGAUAGUUUCUAACUCAGAAA